AGGAUUUUAUGCGUAGUUGUCGUUUUAAUGAAAUACAAAUUCUGUAACGAGUAAUGUGACAUAGAAUUAAUCUAUUUAAGCUUAACCAUGAAUUCUGUAACUAAACCGAUCUUAGUAUUACAUGUGUUUCUAAGUGUAAUCGUAGCUAUCGAUCUAACAUGUGACAGCGUGAAUACUUUGAUACAAUCUGAUGUGACAUGCAUAUGUAAAAACGCACCGGACAUAGACUGGUUGAUUGAUGAUGUGUUCAACUCAAACUGUGUACUGUCUUCAAUAUGUGUACCCCAGUACAGUGGUUACAAUUACUCGAUUAACAUAACUGAAAAUGUUUAUAAGAUGACUAUAAACUCAUAUGAUUAUAGUAAUUGUACAAAAAUAACAUGUAAAGAUACAAGUGAUAGUAACAAGAUGCAGUCGAUUAUCCCUUCUUCUUUAGUAUUCGAUACGACCUACCCAACAUCACUGAUAGAGCCUGGGUCGAACAACAGCAACGGUAUAAAUUCUGUUACAACUGGUUGUAUUUCUGGUUACUUGGACGUGCAAUAUGAAUGGUAUAUUAUUGUAGAUGGAGUGGAAGAAAGAUAUUCUGUAUAUAAUACAAGCAUAAUCGACACGAUUGACAACUCUUUGUGUGUAAAUUGCGACACUGAUGUUAAUGGACAGAGAACAAUUGGGUUCGAGCAUAGUGAGGCAUCAGGAUCUGGAACUAAAACCGGUCUUUUAAAGGUGUCCUUGCAUCAUGUCUCGACAAAUUUGCACCUUAAUUUAACAUCAAGAUAUUACUACACAGUGAAGGAUUCAGCAGAACUUCACCUAUUUCCCUCGUAUGUGCAAGCGGAACUCCGUGGCACUGUCACUAUACCGGUGUCAUGGAAACAGAAGUCGUCUGCAACCUUGACCAUUGCACAAGACCUCAGCGGAACGCUUACUGAUGUUUUAAAGGUCAAUGGCACGGAAUACGAAGUCAUAAAUUUCUGGAAUGGCAAGGCAAGCGUGGAAUUAUCGAAUGGGACAGAAAUAAGAUGGGCGAAUAUCACACUGACAAAUGUGGCGCUUGAAGAUGAAGGGGUUUACACGGUCAAGAUCAGAGAGGGAGCCACGGAUGAAGAGACUUUGUAUAAUACAGGCCACUUAAGGAUCGAUACAUACGCGUUGCCAAUCUACAUAAACAUCGCCACUAGCAACAAUCUCCAAGUCAAUGAAGGUGCAGAAGUUAAGUUCACGUGCACCGGAAAUGUAGGUCGGCCCCCUGGAACGCUGGAACUGGUUCAGUUUUUCUCUGCAGAAUAUUCCCCAACUGUUGCCAUGAUGUCUGUACCGGAACUGCCGGAAAUCAGUAGAGAAAUGCUUCCCAAUGGAACGUUCAGAAUUCAGCACGAGUUUCGCGUAAAUUUAUCUCGCACCGACAAUGGAACAACUUUUAGAUGUCGAAAUGUUCAUUAUACACCCGUCUUCAACGUCAUUGAAAGCCAGACAUCCCCUAUGACCUAUGUGAAUUGUAAGUUAGAUUGAGUCAAUAGUCUAAAUAUAAUAUAAAUCUAAAAGUACCUUGGUUCUCAAAGAAACUUAAUAAACCGGAAAUAUUUCAUUGAAUGUUUUAAAACUUUUAAAGUGUAAAGGGAGAUAAUUAAUAUUUACAAACUGAUGUGCAAUGGUUCUUCUACUAUUUCUUUUUCUUCUCUUC